AUGAUUAAUCCCAAAAUCCUUUACAGCUACAUAAGACAGAGCACACGGAACAAAGAUCCCCUCCCACUGCUGCGAACGGCUGAGGGUGUGGAAAUCUCAGAUGCCAAGGAUAAGGCUGAACAUCUCUCUCAGUUCUUUCGGUCAGUCGUGACAUGUGAACCUGAUUUUUUCUCACCCGCUUAUGAAGACGAAGAAACGCCUACCCCCGAAGCCGUCUUCUUCACCGAAACAAUUGUUCGGGAUGAGUUAAGAAACCUAAAAGAAUCGACUUCCCCAGGCCCUGAUGCAAUCCCGGACAAGCUGCUGAAGCAGCUGGCUCCCGAAAUGUCCAAGCCACCAGCCUUGAUCUUCCAAACGUCAUUUGUUACUGGAUGCCUGCCCUCUGACUGGAAGUCCGCUACCAUCACUCCACUUUUUAAGGGUGGAAGUCGUGCGUCUGCAAAUAACUACAGGUCAGUGAGUCUUACCUCCAUCUGUUGCAAAAUCAUGGAGAAGAUCAGUAAGAAGGCCUUGAUGCAGUUCCUCGAGCAACACCACCUCCUCUCCGAUGCCCAACACGGCUUUCGAAGUGAUAGAUCCUGCCUCACGAAUCUGCUCUUCACGCUCGAACGCUGGACCAAAGCAUGCAACGAAGGCAAUGUGAUGAACGCAAUCUACAUCGAAGUCAAAAAGACUUUCGACAGCGUUCCUCACCAAAGUCUCUUGUACAAACUGCGCAACGCUGGAAUUCGUGGGCGCCUUCUUGUAUGGAUCCAGGGCUUUUUGGCUGGACGGUCCCAAAGAGUGCAGGUUGGGCGUCAAGAGUCCUCAGAUGUAAGCGUGGUGAGUGGCGUCCCACAGGGCUCAGUCUUAGGUCCCACGUUAUUCCUCGUUUUCAUAAAUGACUGCGUCAAUACCUGGACUGUGAUGUCAUCCUGUUUGCCGACGACAUGAAAUUGUGGAAAGUUAUUCACAACGCGGUAGACGCAGACCACCUACAAGUAAACUUGAACAGGCUCGAAGACUGGUCGAAGUGCUGGCUUAUGCCCUUCAAUAUAAGGAAGUGCAACUUUCCCCAACUCGGCAGCUUCAAUCUCCACACCCAGGACUUACUUUCCACACGGCACACCAUUGCAACAGGUUGGUAGUCAGAAGGACCUGGAUGUAUGGAUUACAUCUUCACUAAAACCAAUACUGCACUGCGCGAAGGUGGCUAAAUCGGCAACGGUCACAUUGCAACUCAUUAGGCGAGCAUUUGUGGGAUUUGACCCUGACUGCUUUUCCAAAAUAUUUGGCUCCUUCGUGCGACCUCAUCUAGAAUACGCAAUACAGGCGUGGAAACCUUGGACUACCAAGGAUUAUAUGGUCUUGGAGAAGGUUCAGAGACGGGCGACCAAAAUGAGGCAAGGUCUGGGAGCACUGCCCUAUGAAACCAGACUGGCAACUCUCAACCUGUUUCCCCUUUUUUACAGGCGAUUACCUGGUGACCUUAUACUAACAUUCCGCAUUAUCAACGGCCUGGACUGCUGUUCAGAUCCCACUGAUUAUUUUACUUAAGCUAACACGCCCACUUUGCGCGGUCAUCCCCUGAAACUACGCGCAGGGAAAGCAAGGAUCAAUGGAAGAAAGUUCUUUUGCCGUAACAGAGUGGUUGCAGCGUGGAAUGCCCUCCCCACCGAUAUUGUAAUCUCCUCCUGUGUGAAUUCCUUCAAGUGUAGACUGGACGCGUAUCAAGCUUCCCAAUUGCCAGCCUCACAUUCAUUCACAUAACCCGGCACUAAUUUGUACGUUUAUACUAAUUGUAUAAUAAUAAAAUGUAUCCGUCAGGCACGGAAGGAGUAUGAAUCCAAAAUUAUACGACAGGCUGAACAGAAACCUAAGAUUUUAUUUCACUAUCUUAACAGUAGACUGAAAAAUAAGGACCCGGUCGCGGUGCUGAAGGAUGGUAAUGGUGUAGAGAUCACUGAGAACAGCGAGAAAGCCGAACACUUAGGACAGUAUUUUGCCUCGGUUUUUACUAGAGAAACAGAGUUUCGCAGUCGCAGUGCUCACAAUGCUGUGGAGACUGCUGAUCGCGUGCUUGACUCCAUACUGCUCCCGACAGCUGUCGUGGAAAGGGAGCUGAAAAAUCUCAAGGAAGCAAAGUCCUCGGGUCCGGACAAUAUACCGGUCAAAUUAUUGAAGGAACUGGCGAAUGAACUCUCCAGACCACUGGCGCACAUCUUCCGCUCGUCAUUCGAAUUAGGGAGGCUGCCAUCGGAAUGGAAGACAGCAAAUAUCUUUCCGAUAUACAAGGGCGGGGCUCGCACUAAUGCUAACAAUUACCGGCCUGUUAGUCUAACCUGUAUCUGCUGUAAAAUAAUGGAGGCCAUAGAUAAGAAAGCAACAAUUGAGUUCCUGGAGCAGGGCCAUUUAAUCUCAGACCUGCAGCACGGCUUUAGACAGAACCGCUCGUGUCUUUCCAAUUUAUUGCUCUCGACGGAGCAGUGGACUCGCGCACUGGACGAGGAUGGUAGGGUCGAUAUCAUCUACACAGACUUUAAGAAGGCGUUCGAAAGCGUCCCACUCAAACGUCUAAUCUACAAACUUUCUGCAAUUGGGAUAAGAGGAAGGCUGCUGACAUGGAUAAUAGAUUUUCUUACCGGGAGAUCGCAAACCGUGUGCAUUGAGGCCUCAAGGUCAACUCCUACUCCCGUUCUAAGUGGUGUACCCCAGGACUCCGUCUUAGGGCCGUUGCUAUUCCUGGUUUACAUUAACGACUGCGUUGACGACCUGGGAUGCAACGCCAUCAUGUUUGCUGACAAUGUUAAGCUGUGGAGACCCAUCAGAUCUGACGCAGACAGGUACGCGCUUCAAGACAGUUUCAACUGCCUGAACAGUUGGUCAGCUCGCUGGCUCCUUAAUUUUAAUGUUGACAAAUGUGUGGUCCUGAGACUCCGCACCAGACGGACCAGUAAGGAGCACGAUUCCUUUCAAUACGCCCUUGGUGGUCAGCCCCUUUCAAAUGUUGUGGAACAGAAAGACCUGGGCGUCCUAAUGACCUCCUCGCUGAAACCAUCAUCACAGUGUCAAAGGGCAGCCAAAAGUGCGAUAAGGGUGUUAUUUGCGCUGAGGCGAGGAUUUGUGCAGAUCGAUAAACAGCUGUUUGGAAAAACCUAUGGGACAUUCGUCCGGUCUCACUUAGAGUAUGCAGUCCAGGCCUGGCGACCGUGGUUGAAGAAAGAUUAUCAACGACUGGAAAGAGUACAGGCGACGGCUACGAAGAUGGUCAAGAAUCUUCAUCAUUUGCCUUACGAAACCAGGUUGACCGAACUAAAUCUGUUUCCUCUAAAUUACAGGCAACUGCGCGGCGAUCUCAUUCAAACCUACAGGAUUGUCAGAAGCCGUGAGUGUGCCCUAGACUUUGAUGAAUUCUUCGAAUUCACCGGGACUGACCGUCUGCGUGGUCAUCCCUUCAAACUGCAAAGGAAGCGGGCUCAUUCGGACGUCCGACGGAACGCCUUCUCUCACAGGGCCAUCGGGGCAUGGAAUGGACUCCCUGAUGCCGUCGUUCUUUCCGAAAGUGUCAAAUCCUUUAAGUGCAGACUAGACGCUCAUUUGUUGAGAACCUACUGUACAUAUAAUAAUGAUUGUUUUAGCGGCGGCAGUUUGCGCCUAGCUCAUACUUACCGCUAACUUUUUAACUUUUCGCAUUUGCUGAUGUAAUUGAUGACUUUAUUUCUGUUUAUCGAUAUGAAUAGGGAGCUCAAGGGCGAAAGCCUCAGUCCCUUAAUAAACUGACUUAAACUGACUUAAUUAGUAAGUAACCGUUAAUUAUUAUUCCUUUUCGCCUAGCUGGUAGCUUUCUGCGAUUAUGUACAAAAUCCCUUUUUCACCUUCCUACUUAUCAAUGUUUUUCUCCGACGACUUGUAACCAAUAGCGAGUCCAAAGGCGCUCGCCUAUAUUUCCCUUAAUAAACUGAAACUGACACGGAGGCCAACGUAUCUCUCGUGAAUCCUUCUAUACUAUCCCGCAAAAUCUAUGACCAGAAAAAGCCUAUAAGCUAUCCCCGUAAACUCCGUGCGGCGAACGGCACCGCGAUACUUAUCACAGGUCCGUUAACUCUUCAAUUGGUCCUCGAGGGCACAACCGUUACGUACCAAUGCCUUGUAACACCUUAUAGCCCCAUGGAACCCUGUCCUAGGGCUAGAUUUUCUAGCAAGUCAUAAUUGCACAGCCAUGUGGCUCGGUGACAUCACGCUGUGGCUGUGAAUAACAGAAUCCCGAUUUGCCUUGAGGCAGAUUACAAGGAGACAAAAUCCCAUUACGUCGUGGAUGCACUAUCAGUGACCUUUGGGAUAUUAUAGACAGUUGUCCACAGCCACCCCUUACAGUGCUCUAAAGGAGGAUCUGUUACAAAUUCGUGGCAGUAGGUGGGAUUCGAAAUGGCCGAGGAAACACUGCAGCAGCUAAUGAAAGCGAUGUAACGGGUAUCCUCGUCCGGCGAUCGUCCACCCAAGCCGGAUAAGUUGACUAUUUACGACGACCUUGAUCUCUAGAAGGAUCACAUGAAAAUCUUGGAGGCGCGACUGGCCGCCAUCCUGUGCGGCUUAGACAACGAGGUCUGUGUUGAGGUGCCUGGCUAA